UUUGCAACUGCCCAACCAUUUUCUCUCAUUAGGCCUUGUCUGUAACGUGUUGCCCCGCCGUAGGCGCCAGGGUACAGUACAUUCAGCUUUCCUUUGGUGCAUGGAGAAAUCUCCAGUUUCUCAGCGGAUGGAGGUGUGGCUGUUAGUUGAAGUGUGGCGGUGUCAGCACCAGAGUACGUACCACUGAACGUCCAGCGCGCCCGCGUGAGGUGGCCGUGGCGGACUUUGGGGCCAACCGAGGAGGUCGUCAUGGCUAUCGGUUUUGUGUUAGAACUCGAACCCCUUUCACAACUUGGCCCUUGACAUUUCGAGGAUACAUCUGACGACUACGAAGACCUCUCGUCUUCUGCAAAGCGACGACAAACAACACACGAAACAAUCUGUUCCCAUCGAAAGCCAGACCAUACCGAGAACCCCUGUUUCGCUAUCCCCUAGAUUCCGACAACCUUCACCAUGUCCGAAGCCUACGAACGAGAGCGCCAGAACAACGCGCGCCUAGAUGAGCUCUCCGCAAAGGUCUCCGCCCUUCGAGGUGUGACAGUCGACAUUUACGAUAACGCUCGAGCCCAGGAUGUCAUCGACAACACCUCCGAUACCUUCUCCUCCAUGACCACACAGAUGAAGGGCUCUGCUGGCCGCUUAACUCGCAUGGCUGCAUCAGGCAACCGUGUCGCUAUUCUCAAGCUUUCGGGGAUCGUUAUUGGCGUUUUCUUGGUGUUAUUCUACGGGGCAAAACUGUUGUUCUAAAAGCCUUGACACAGAUAUAAGCUGGACAGGGAACGACCGUAAUAGAGGGCAUCCGUUGUGAAGGGAAGACGGAUGUUUACUAGGUGGUAUACACAGAUGGUCAAGGGCAUCCAAGUGUCCACAGCUAAAAGGCUAAGGAGUUGUGUCUCAGGAUUUUUACUGUUUUCGCAGCGUUGGGCUGGCGUUAUUUGAAUACACUCACAUUGCUUCUUACCCGAACCAAUGUCAUAAUGGUCGUACAAUUUAAGCCAUCCUGUUUCGCAUCUACUUGACUCCUAACAUGCAAACGCCAAUCAUGCCUGCAAUUGUUUUAUAGAAACCUCCGCCCCAAAAACCAUCUAGAUGUUUCCAAAACUUACUACCUACUGCCA